AUUUUCCAAUGCAAUGCAAGGGAAAGGGAUUCAAAAAAUUAUUUAACACUCUUCCUGGUGUAACCUCCCAAAUAAUCACUGUAACACCGGCAAGCCCCUCCGUCGCUGGAAUGGAAAAGACAGAGAUGGGUUUUGAAGAGGACAUGCUGAGAGGCCAAGCCACCAUAUGGCAGUGCGCAUUUGGCUUUGUGGAUGGCAUGGCCCUCAAGUGUGUUCUGCAGCUAGGCAUCCCUGAUAUAAUAAACUCCCAUGGCUCCCCUCUCUCUUUGACCUCCAUUGCUAAAGCCUGCAACCACCCUUCUCUUGACACUGAUCGUCUCUCACGAGUCAUGACACUGUUAGUUCGCCGAGGAAUCUUCACUUCAACCCCCACCACAAAAGGUGGUGAAAGUGAAACUCUUUAUGGCCUAACCGACUCUUCCAAAUGGCUGCUAAGCAAUUCAGAAACGAGUCUUGCACCUUUUUUGCUCUUAGAGCACCAUCCACAUGCGUUAGAAUCUUGGCAUCACCUCAGUGAUAUAGUAAAAGAAGGAGGUUCUGGAUUUGCCAAGUCUCAUAAUGGUCAAGAUUACUUUGAAUUUGCACCAGCUAAUCCUGGUUUUAGUAAUUUAUUCAACCAGGCUAUGGCUGGUGCGUCAAAAAUCAUUGUGGAAGCAGUGAAGGCAAGCUAUGAAGAUGGGUUCAAUGAAAUAGAAACGCUUGUGGAUGUUGGAGGUGGAAUUGGAGGAAUGAUUAGUGAGAUUGUGAAGGCUCAUCCUCAUAUCAAAGGUAUCAACUUCGAUCUCCCAUUUGUGGUGGCUAAGGCACCAGAGUAUGUCGGGGUCACCCAUGUUGCCGGUGAUAUGUUUUCCAGCAUUCCUCCAACUGAUGCCAUUCUCUUGAAGUGGAUAUUGCACUGUUGGAAUGAUGAAGAUUGCAUCAAAAUAUUGAAAAACUGUAAAGAAGCCAUAGCAGAAAGGAAGAAAGGAAAGAUCAUAAUCAUUGAUGCAGUUUUAAGUCCAGAAGGGAAUGAUCUGUUUGAUGACAUAGGAGUGAGAUUUGAUCUGCUGAUGUUGGCUACAAUCAAUACCAAGGAAAGGACUGAGGCACAAUGGAAAACUUUGCUUGAAAAAGCAGGCUUUCCUAGCUUCAGGAUUAUCAAAAUUCCAGCCUUGGUAUCAAUUAUUGAGGCUUAUCCCUAUUAGUUUUUCAGAAAUGAUCUCCUGAAUCAGAUUGUGGGAUCCUGGAAAUUAAAUAAGAGCAUAUCAACAUCGUAUGUUUUUUAUUUGGGUCAAUAAGCUGGUAUGGAAGUGUGUGCAUGUGUAGCCUCCAACUUCCUGCUUUUAUCUCUGCAAAUCGUUG